AUGGCUUCCUCUGGCGGAAACGUCCUCCGUUACGCUGCCCUCCUCACUGGCGUAGGUUACGGCUUCUAUCACCAAGCCUCCAUAGCAGCCCAAACAAAAAUGGCACAUAUCGACAGGGAGUUUGAGAACCAGGCGAGCCUAAUAUCGAAAGCAAAGGCGGAGUGGGCGAAGAAGACGAUGCCGAAGGAUGUUAAGGAGGGUGCUGUCAUCUCUGAUCCUAACGACCCGAAGUUCGAUCUGGAAGCGUAUCUGACAAUGAGCGAGGCAAAAUGA